AUGACCGUUAUUCUUUUUAAUUGUCUCUCCUACUUCUGUGACUCAACUCGGCGUUCGGAUUUAUUAUGGAAUGAACAACGGCUCCGGCAGAGGAACCAAUUGGUGACGGCGAUGAUCGACCAGAGGGAGAGACGGAGGGCGAGGCUCUGUAAUGGCGAUUACUUAUCCUUGUAUCUGGAACUUGCGCCUGGAUCUUCACCACCAGGAUGGACAAGAAACGUGCAAUUCACCUUCACUCUUGUGAAUAGUCUCUGGCCUAACCCUAAACCGAACAAAGUGUUAGGAGGGCAAUGCUGUUUCGAUGCAAAGAAAAGCAUUUGGGGUUUUGGCAAGUUCUUGUCGCUUGACAAACUUCGUGAUGAACGUCGAGGGUUUCUGGUUAAAGUUAAAGUUCUUCGAGCUACUGUUAGCCAAAUGGGACCUGUGAGUAUUACUGCGUUAUUUCAGAGUUGCAAAGAAGGAAACCAAGCGUCUGAUGCAUCUGUCUGGAAGCAAGAAACUGAGAAUGCAUCUAACGAGAAUAAUGCAUCUGAAGAGAGUGCGGAUGACGAUGACACGUCUGAAGAGGGUUCAGAUGAUGAUGAUGAUGAUGAUGCUUCAUCUCCUGGUUCAGAUGAUGGUGCACCUAAAGAAGAUGUUGAUGACGAGUUUUCAUCUCUUAGAUUUCAACCUGUGAAGGAAACAGUGGAUGUCAAUGGGUUUGAGGUUUUGGCUUCCCAGAAUCUGUUAAGCGUAUAUUCGAGGUACACCCAGACUGAUUACGAAUGCUCAACAACUGCUGAUUACGCUGCUAAAGAAACAGGAGCACUUCAGGAUGCCAAGACUAAGCUGGAAACUGAAGUGGACGAACUCACUUCAAACUUGGAGCUUGAGAAACAGAUGAGGAUGGAGAUCGUGGAAGCCAAAUCGAAGCAUUACACUAUAAAACUUGAGCUCAGGGAAACUCAAGAAACCAAAAGUGCGGAGAUCUCAAGCUUGCAGUCCGCUUUACAGGACCUGCAACUUGAGAUGGGUAACGAUCUUUCUGCUGAAAAUGAACAGCUUAAGGAGUUGGCGAGUUCUUUGCGAAAGAAUGAUGAUGAAUCCGAAAGAACACCAACAGCUGAAGCUCCUGUAAUUAAUCAGACUGCAGUCAACAAGCUUAAAGCUGAAAAUCAGCAGCUCAAGAAAAUCGAUGCAUUAGACAGAAAACAUGAUGAAACAAGCUCAAAUAUCACAGAGCAGUUGAAGGAGAACGUUUCAUCUGAUCACGAGAUGAAAGUACGAAAGCCCCUCACAGAGAUUCAGGAGUUCAACCACCAUGUAGAGCAUCGAGCUGUCGAGAGAGCAGACUUUGUUCAGAAAAUCAAAGAGAAGGAGAAUCAGUACAAGAGAUACCGUGAAGAGAGUGAAGCUGCAAAAAUGGUGGAGGAAGAGAGGUUUCUGAAGCAAAUGAGAAAGACGAUGGUGUGCCUAACUUCAACAAACCCUUCUUACCUCAGAAGUAACUUCCAGUUUGAUUAAAGAAAAUUCAAAGCACCAAUCUUCUCUUGUUUUUAGUAAUAACCAAUUUAAUUAAAAUCACACACAAGUUUAUCACGGAGACCACAAAACCAAAAUCAUCCAAUCUUUAAAAAAAAGAUACGUCCUCUGUUCUUUUUCUUUUUCUUUUUAUUUAUUCACAUUAAAACCUAGAUUAGAUUAAAACCUAAAUUAGUUUAAUAUCAAUCAGAUUUACAUUAGACGUGAAACUAACCGGAUAUGAUAUCCAG